UUUCCUCUCUUUUCUGAUGAUUAAGGGGGUGGUUGAACCCUGCCCUCUGAGUGGGGUGAAAAUGGCAACAGCCUUGUGGCUGUGUACUCCUGUGUUAACAACUUAAGCCACCUGCCAUCCUGUCUCCCACCGUGCUGAGGUGCUGGGAAAGCCGUUGCUGACUGUCUUGAGGAUACACGUUACCCUUUGCAUCACCCGGGGAUCUAAAAGCUCAGAGAAGGCAGCAAAAAGGUCCUCUUCCUCCUGCUCCUGAGUAAACUGGCGAGUGAGAUGGCCCUUGCCCUGCCCCUCCCCCUAGGUUCUCCUGGAGUAGAGGCCUCUAAUGGAAGGAUGAGGCCAGAUUCCAGAAAAUUUAUGGAAACCUGGGCUGCUUUUGUGUUCCUUCUGUUUUCUAAUGCCCACCUUCCAUAAUAAAGCAGGGCCAAGGGGAGGGGAGAGGGCUGGGCAUGAAACUGCAUCUGGCUUGCACCUUUUCUCCAGACCAGUCCCAAGGACCAACCCUUUCCUGGUGGGGAUUUGAGGGAAAGGGCCCAAAGGUCAGUUUGCCACAUCCCCACCAAUCUGAUCUCUUCACCUGUGCUGCCCCACUCUUGAUUUCUGGCCAUCUGCGGUCCCUCCCUAGAGACCUCCGAAAGCGUUCUGUUUGGGGAGAUUGCCAAGCCCCCAACUCUGGGAAAAGUACAUGAAUCAUUUCAUCUCCGGAGCUAUCCGACAUCCGACUCUUGUUCAAAAUUCCCUCUGGUGUUCCCUACUCAUAUCCUCUUCUAUUGUGAAGAGAAAUUGAAACUGCCCUGGAACUUAGGUUUGGGAGGUUUUGGAGGCGGGCGGGAAUUGGUUGCUGCAGAGGCCUCGGGCUCCAAGGCUAAUGCGCUAAAGAGGAAGAACGUGGAGCAGGCACCUAAGGCCCUCGCUGUGAAGAGUAGACCCAGACGGACAAUCGGGUGGACCGAGCCGUAGGAUCCGAGCAGAACUUGGGACCCCACUUAGAUCUGGAGAGAGGGAGGAACUGCCAAUGGGCUGGACCCGCCCCGCACGGGCAGCCAAUGGGCGUUCGGGGGCGUGUCCUCCGAGGAGAUCGUGGGUGAGUGUUCAAUCCAGCCGCGAUGUUUCCACCGACCUGGAGGCUCCGAGAUGACUGCCGUGAGCCGAGGCGAGGCUGCGGAGUCCUGCAGCAACCAACAGAUGCAUGGAAAGACGGCUUCUCUGAAGAGCACAGAGAAACCAGGCAGGGUCCAGACACCCCCAGACUCCAGUCUGCGCUGGCCACGAGCCUUGAAGGGUGAAGACAUAAAGAAGUGCAGCCAAGGAGGGACACUACUGACUAAAUACAACCAGCAAUACCACAAACUGUUUAAGGACAUCCCCUUGGAGGAGGUGGUUCUCAAAGUGUGCUCCUGCGCCCUCCAGCGGGACCUUCUUCUCCAGGGCCGGCUCUACAUCUCCCCCAACUGGCUCUGCUUCCAUGCUAGCCUCUUUGGCAAGGAUAUCAAGGUGGUCAUUCCCGUGGUGUCUGUGCAAAUGAUCAAAAAACACAAGAUGGCACGGCUCCUUCCCAAUGGCCUGGCCAUCACCACCAACACCAGCCAGAAGUAUGUCUUUGUGUCCCUGCUCUCCCGGGACAGUGUGUACGACAUGCUAAGGAGGGUCUGCACCCACCUACAGCCUUCCAGCAAGAAGAGUCUGAGUGUAAGAGAAUUUCCAGAGGAACCUGAGUGCGAGUCUCUGGAAGUCCUCAUCCCUGAGAUGAAGUGGAGAAAAGUGUGCCCUGCCUCCAGGUCCCUGUCCCUCCCAGACAACAUCCCUUGUAUCCCUCGGGCAUCCGUGGACUCUGCAGACGGCCUCUUCCCCUCCAGGAAGCCUCCAGGGUCUGAGAAUGCUGUCUGUGAGGAUAAGCUGGAGGAGGAAGCCAGGAGCGACAGGGAGCUGAGGCUCUGGGAUUACCGGCUCCUGAAGAUCUUCUUCGUGCUGAUCUGCUUCUUGGUCAUGUCUUCCUCCUACCUGGCAUUUCGCAUCUCCCAGCUGGAACAGCAGUUAUGCUCCUUGACUUGGGAUGGCUCGGUCCCUGGGCACAGGCCCUUUGUCUGACCUGGCUACCUCUCCUGUGCGCAGGUAACAGCCACCUGACCUUUGUCCCCACUCCUCUAAGAAGACGACUCCAGGUGCUGAGGUGCCACCAACAAUUCCCUUGGUUUAUGCUGCUGCUGUGCUGAGACUUAGUCUGAAGGAAAUUAUUCUGGAUCCCCUCCCUGCACCCUCCCCCUGACCCCUGCAACUCUUGCCCCUCCUUUAAUGAGUAUUCUAAAGUACGUGUUUACAAAGCUCCUACAAUUUUGGGACUUAGACAAGAAGUCAGACUUUUGGAACUAGCUGAGGAAUUCUAUAUUCUAAGCUUCAGCAAACACUUGAGUGAAAAAAAAAAAAAACAAACCCACAAAAAACAACCAACGUGUUCCUUGAAAAUAGUUCUGGCACACAGGCAGAGCACUUAAGGCCACGUCAAGGGCAAAGGCCAUGCCUUGAUACCUGUCACAUGGCUCACUCCAGUGGUGGGACAGAGGCGAGAACCCAAAUGACCAGUGUGGGCUCUGAUCUCUCCCAGCAUCCUGCACUCUCGCCUGGCCCCUGAGAGUCUCUGUUCUGGGGCACAAAGGCUUCUCUGCAGGCAGCCGGGGACCCAUGCAGGGCAGACUGGAGGGAGGUGAGCUAUGAGUGGGAAGAGGGCCUGUGGCCAGUACUCCAGCAAGAGAGGAAUGUUCCUGCUCUAGCCCUGUAUGAGGAGGCUGGCUACAUCUGGGAGGACACCACCUGCAGCGGGGGACAGUGGCAGGGGCUGUGAAGGAGAAGGGAGAUCCAGCAUUCUGUGUUUUCAGCUGCCACCUCCUGGUGAGACAGGUGGAGCAGGGCCUUUGAUCACUGUGGGAGGAUGGAGGUGUCCGUGAUGUGCCUGGGACAGUGUGAGGACCGGGCCAAGGGGAUCUGUCUGAUACCUCUGGGGAAAAGAGAGAUAGAAGAGAGGAACAGUGGACUUGGUGGUGGCUUUGUCUUAGAUUCCUCCUUCUCCGUCACGGUCUUCUCAAUUCUAAAAAGUUUCUCUGUGCCUUAAAACUCUGAUCUGCUAAGACAGUGCCUUUGGAGGUUCUGGAAAGGCCUUAGUGAGGAGGCCAGAAGUAUCAGGGACAGUCACUGGUGAUGGGGUGGGUGCUGUCAGAAAUAGCCAUUUUUCCCCUCUUCAGACACCUGAGAGGUUAACUGGGGAGAAAUUCAUGUGGAAAUUAUUUAUUGUGGAGCUCUGAUUGUCUGUCUGAUUUAUGAAAAACCCAAAUGAAGACUGGAGGAGGUGACAACUCCUGAAACUCAGACUGGAGGUCUUUUCAUUCUCUGCCAUUGCAGGUUCUAGGAUUUGGUUUAGAGCCUGGCCUUGUGGGUUGCUUGCACCAAAUCUUUAUGUCUCAGGUGAAACUCACUGUUCCCAUUCUCCCCACAGUGCCACACUGGAUGAAUGCCUGUCCUUUUUUUUGGAACCAGCCCCCUUCAUCACUCCUCUCCAUCAUAUUUUCAGGGAAAUAAUCUUACUUACCCUACUGCCUCCCCUCCCUGGUCUUUGCUGAAGGGCAGGGAGAACAGGUCCAUUCUCUGAGCCUUGCUGGGUUGAGCCAGAGGCCAUGAGAGGUGCCAAGUCAUGAUAGGCUGUGCCAACAUGCUGGUGAGCCUAGUCUCCAGCCAUGCCCCAGGCUCAGAGACAGCAAGAGGCAUGCAGUAGAGUAGGUGGCUUUGGAGACCCUCUUGGGGUCCAGGGCUUUGAGUGAUAUGGUGUGUCUGUCCCUCUGGCCAGCAUACCUUCUGUUGUGCUCAUUUAUAAACUAUAUGUAUUUAUAAAGACCUGCUUGCAUUGGCGAAUGCUCCUCUAACUCCCUGAGAGUUUGGCUCAACUAUCCUUCAGUUGUUCCACUAUGGCAUUAGCCUUUGAAAAUAAUUUUAAAUAAAAAAUCUGAUUUUUCUAGUG